AUGAACGCCCAAACGAUGGAAAAUCCCGCCCCAAUCCAAUGGGCUAUGUACACAGCCGAGGACCGCCCAUAUUGCCUCAACAACGCCCAAGAGGUAGGUGCGGAAAAGGUCUCGGACCCCAAUGUUAAGGAUGCUCCCGAGAAGAAUGACCUCACACCUUGCUCCAAGCCUAUCGAGGAUCCCCCGAUUGCUGAGGCUCAUCACGUUGCCCCGCCAGCGCCCACAUCUCCCAAAAAGCCCCUCCCCGACUUCAUGACUAUGAAAGAGGCCGAGCGUUCUUUAGGUCUCAAGAAAACAUUUGCGUCUGCGGCCUUCAUUGAGGGCAAAUUUUCAAUCGAUGGGAAGUUUUGCGUGACCAAACCCGGCCGCUGCAAUAAGUGCACGGUCUCCCGGGUACCUUGCAUUCAACCGGUGGAGGGAAGAAUCAGGUGCUCGCUCUGUGUCCGUCAAGGACAAUCAUGCUACACCGGUGGGAGGAAACGGUUGAGAGGGAAUGAAUGA